CUAUCAGGAAAGUGUUGCUGAAACUUUCGUCUUUUACUGGAUGUGGCUUAGUGUGAGCAGAAAGAGGCCACAAUGACUGAUAAAAGGAAACUCUGUGUCUGGAACGUUCCAAAGAUUUUUGAUGUUGAUCGCAUGAUUGACAAGCUUACCAUUCAUUUCUUGAGGCCCAGAAAUGGUGGCGGAGAGGUGCUACAAGUGACUUAUCCAACACCAGUAACUGGACAAGCCAUAAUUACAUUUGAAGAAAAAGAAGUUGCAGAUCGUGUCUUGAAGAAGCAACACAUUCUUGAACUGAAUGGCAACUUGUAUCCCGUAGAAGUGACCCUUGCUGAGAAUUCAAAGGAAGAAGAGGCAGAUCUUCCUAUGCUGGUAACGACAACAGUGGAUUUACGACACUUUCCCUGGGAUGCUGAUAUCAAAAAUGUAUUACUUAACCAUAACUUUAAGACUGUAAAUCAGUCUGGCUCCAUUUUAGAGAUUAAGGGAUUUUUUUCAGACCUGAAGAUUUUGAGGACCGAACUUCAGGUGCUUUUUAUUUCUAAUCCACUGCUUCAGUCCUCCACUGGAAUCAGUAGCACACGAUUUGUGUUGGGCCAAAGUACUGAAAUGAAGGAAUCCUACUACAGCAAAAAUGAUGUCAACAGCUCUAAUAGUGGUAUCACUUACAGAACAGAAUGUUGCAGUUCUGAGACCCCAUCAGGAAAAAACUUGACUCCAUCUGUUAAUGGAUAUACAGCAAAAAAGAGAAGCCUUUUCAGCAACGUGAACUCUGAUGUAACUAACUACUUCAGCUCAGGAAAACAUCUUGCAUCAUCUGCAUUGAACAAAUGUGGUUCUCUUAACAGUGCAGUUCCUAAUGGAUCAAGUUCUGUUUAUUCUGCUGCCUGUCAAAAUAAUAGUUUUGGGACAGUCCCUCCCCUCUGGUAUUCACUCACCUCCUUUUCUCCUUUGGGCAAGAAUAGCAUUGAAACUGUAAAUCGGCUUCCAAAAUCUGGUUCCAUUGCUACUAAGAACACUUCUGAAAAAUGUACUUUUUCAGUAGAUAGUGACACCUUAAAAUAUGUGCAGACAUUCUGUGAGAGUAGUAUAGGUCAAAUCCUCGAGCGUUAUUAUUUGUCAAUGAAAGUGGAGGAUGAAGGUGAUGUCAGCAUGGUGAUACUCUCUUCUGUUAUGACAGCUGGCUCUUACUUGGAUGACGGUAGAACAAAACUUUCCCUCCUGUUUUCUGAUGUUGGGAAACAGCUUAGAACUCAUGAUAUUGAUCUGUCAAGAUUUUCUGCCACAGAACAAGAUCUGAUAAAAAUUAGGAGGAGGGACUUGAGUGAUGAGUACCAGGUUCUUGUAAUUAACUUUAAAGAUAAAUUGCACUUAAUAGGACCCUCCUCUGAAUGCUAUGAGUUAAUGCAGAAGCUUUCUGGAAAGACAGCUUUAGAUGAGUCUUUUGCUUCCAUGCAUACAGCUGGGAGAAAGCCACGGGACACAAGGAAAGGGAGACGUGAGUCGUCUUGCCCUCCACCUGCCAGAAAAGGAGACCCAGAGUCUAGCAAGUGUCCAUCUUCUAACAUUCAAAGUCAUUUCACAAGAAACUCCUUUAAUGAUAAGGAUAGUGCAGUCCCAAGACAGCAUGAGACAGUGCAGAGCAAACAAAGUUCCUCUAUGCGUCACUUUCCAAAAAGGUCUACUUCAGAGUCAAGAGUAAAUAAGAAAGAUCCAAGGUCACUUAGUCCACAAUGCAGUGCAACAGAACAGUCAACAUCGAAAGUAUCAGAUUCCCAAGAGCAAAGAGGCAGGUCCCGUGAAAAGUCAUUUAGUUUUAAAAAAACACUUUUGCAGUUUAAUUCUGGAAAUGUUAAAGACAAACUUCAGGGUAUCCAAAAGUCUGUGUCCAGAUGGUGAGACAAUAAGUUGAAAUACAACGUCCUUUUUUGUUUUUUUACUGAUGAUUCUAUCAGCCUGUAAAGGCUAGAGAUUGGGGAAGCAGGAUAACUAGGUACCAUGCUCUGUCAGUGUGUUAUCGAUAAAACACUACACAAAACAGUGAAACUGUCACCAAAGUGAUUCCUGAUAACAGCAGAACUGGUGUAUUGUUUUUAAAAUCACAGAAAAGUAUGCACACUGAUAACUGCAGAAGUAGAGUUAAUUUGGUCUGAUCAGAUACGAGACCAUAACAGAGCAAAACCAGUACAGCCAGUAUUUCAGCAUUAUCUUUGGUCUUUACAUUGAAGCAGCGAGUUUAUGUAUUAUUUAACUAAUUAUACACCAGGGAGUUUGUCUUGCAUCUUAAGGUAUUUAGUAGGAGCAUCACAUAAUCACAUCCUUUUGAUACAGCCUUUUGACUUUGUUUAUACUAGUAGCAAUGCCUGUAGACUGCAUAAACUGUUGCUGUAAUUACCAGACAUUUAACUGAAGAGAGGACAGUAUAUUGGGAUGGGAGGAGCAAUAUGAAAUGAUAGACUUAGCAACUGCAGCAGCCAUUUUUCACCUGAAUGAAGAGUACAGGAUUUGCCACUAGAUAACCAGUAAGUCUUUAAGAUAAAUGGGGCAAGCAUUCUAUCAGACUUUAUUUGUGAGAACAUCAGAAGCUAGUAAAGACUCCAGGACACAGGUGUAAUGUGAUUAAAUCUGACUGUUUCUGCCAGUAGCCUAGCUACAGAGUUCUGCAUUAACCUGAAGUUUUUGGUCAGUGCAGGGACAUUUUAAGUUAAUUGUGAACCAUAGCAGAUGGUUCCUUUGCUGCCAGUAUGUUCCUUGUACAGGUGCUAUUUCUCAAAUGGGGAAAAAAGAUGUUCUAAUGGCAGCUGCCUCCAAGUGUCAGCUGAUCAAGGACUGCUGCAAAUUUUGCACUCCAGGUACAAUCUCGUAUUACCUCCACAGAAAGUUAUAUGGCCAAGAUAUGGAGACGCAGAAGCCCUUAUAGUCACAUGGAUAAUUACUUCAGUGAUGUCAGAGGGGCUGAGCUUCAGAAUGUUAACACAUUCAUAUCAAGAUGAAAACCAGACACAGCUGCUACUUGAUCCAGACAAGAAGUACUUUGCAGAUAACAGUGACCUUACCAAAUAACUGUUUACAACUCCUCAUCAGAAAUGACCUUUGAAAUAAUGUAUUCCAAGAUCAUGCUGUGCGAGUACUGGACAGGUAGGAGGCAAAGCAGGUGAGGAAUGUGGAGGAAAGACCUGUUAGAAUGCAAAUGUUCCUAGAGAACGUCAUAGCUCAUAGGACUGUAUGCGUCUGGGAGAUAAAGAAUAAAAUUGGUUACUGACUUUUAGUUCACUAAAGACCCUCAGGUGGGUGGACUGUGAUGCAGCAGGUCAUGCAUCCUGUUGGAAAUAGAUUCUUAAAAAGAUUUCAGGCUUUUGGGUAGCAGAUUUUGUAGUAGCCUGUUUUUUGGGGAUCCAGAAAUUGUUUUCGAGGAGCAGGAUGAGUAUGGCUUCCUUUUAUUAUCACUAGAAAUACCCAGUCCUCAAGGAGGUCCCUUAUAGUUUGGUAAAAACCUGUACUGAGAGAUUGUACUUGUAAUAUUUCAGACUUGAUAGAGCCAGGGUCUGGACUGCACAUUAUAUGCUACAGAGCAGAAAUUGGGUUCAUUAUCUCUGAAUUGUUUGUGUAGUGAUCCAAAGCAGAUUAAGUUGGUUAUCUUUGUGCCCUGUUUGUGUUCCUUGGAAUGUUUUCUGCCUAAUUAGGUAAAACAUUUCUAUAAAAAUCUAUGCAGAAGCUUUCCAUUUUGAAUGAAAUAAAGCUUUCUGGUUGACUGUGUAGGCUCUGGAGAAUGCACAGUCUUAUAGCGGGAUAGCACAACUGGUCAUUUUGACACAGCAGAGAUCUCCUUUUCCAAAACUUGACCUACUUUGUGGAGACUUCUCACUGGUGCCCUUUAUAAUGUUCAUAUAGUUUAAGUUGGUCUGCAGAAAGCUAAGUUCCUCCCCACUGGUGUUUUACAUUUUAGCACUCUUCUCUGAGGCUGUAGCAUUCCCUGUCAUACUUGGAAUGACACUUCUCAAUAUAGAUGAGGUGUGUAAGAAGUAGGGUGAAAUGAUCUUGGUAAUUAUACCGGGCUUUAUUUUAGGCCACCGCAAGUUGGAUUGGAUUGCCCACACUGUACUAUGGGAGCUUGACACAUACUGGGAUUAGAUCACACUUUUGUCACAUUUUUUAAAUUCCUAUACUAUCUUAUAACGUGUGUGUGUGUGUGUAGUAGGAGCUUCAAGUGGUCAGACUAAGAAACUGGUUCCAUCAAUGUGUCAGAUCACUUCCAGUCGAAAAAUGAAAGUCCGUUGAAUACAAAUACAUUUAAAGGUAUGCAUACACAGAAAUCAACCCUGUGAUAAUUCUGUUGUAUGAUGCAACCUACAAGUGCAUCACCUGCAGGCAGAGUAUGGCCAUACCUGUGACAAGCAACAGAGUAACUACAUUGAGCAAGGAUGAAUGACACCUGUGAAAGUGACAUCUAAAAUUUAGAGACCCUGGUACCUAACUAGACAAUGAGCUCUCUUUUGGCCUACAUAUCUCAGAUGUGGUUAGGAAGUCCUUUUCCCUCACUAACCUUAUCUGUUUGGUAUCUCCUACAAGACAAAUUAUGUUCUCGUCUCUGUACCCUCAGUGGCUGAAAGAGGUAUGACGCAGUUCUUUGGUACUGGGAGAGCUAAAGGCUGUGUUUUUUAGUAUCACUCCAGGUGAUUGGAUUUUUUCAAACAGCUGACCCUGCAAUGCAUCAGUAGAGGGUGCUUCCUUGCUUAAAAAAAAGUCUGGUUUAAGCCACUUAAGCUGCCACAACAGACUAAAAUCUCUCUCCUAUGCAGUCUCAUGCAGGCUUUGAGAGGAAAUCUUUUUCCUAACAUUUCAAUCUGUGAAAGACGUUCCAUUAUUUUUUUUACUUUUUCCACCUUCAUAAAGCACACAGACUAACAGACAUGCAUUCAAAAGAACCUAAACAGCACCUGCUGACAUGAUAGAUUUCUUUACUCAGAAUGUUUCCUCACCUUUGAAAUAGACCCCUUCACCUGAUGAGCUUCAGAGCCAGCCUUGACAACCAUGAGAGGCCACAAAUUUGUAGCUGGUAGUAAUGCUGAUGAUCAUCUGUCCAAGGGAUUUAGUCUACCUUUCUCACUACAGUGUUGAAGUGGCUAAACAUCGUGAUGACUGUCCAGCUGUAAGUUUAACUUAUGAACAUAUAAACCUGAAGAAUAUAUAGGCAUGCAUGAGUAAAACUUUCAGUUCUUUAUAUAAAAUUCACGUCAGUAGCGAGUUUGAACUUUAUAUCGGGAGACCGAGAAGUACAGAGGUGAUAGAGCUGGGGUUAAACAGCCGUUGUCAGUGAUGGAAUGUGAACAUACCAGUACAGUUGCUGGUGAAUUCAGAAGCUCAGAAGACUAUAUAAUAUAGCACUUACUACGCAUGUGUGGUACUGCUUUGUAAUUUGAGCACGAGAACACAAUGUUACAGGAAGCAUGCUGUUCCCAGUUGUCUGUAAAGUGUACCAGAGGAAAUAAUGAAACUAUCAAAGUGGAGAACAAACUGAAGCACUCAGUACUAGUAAGGUACUGAUAACACUGUCGAUGGACUUGAGGAGAACAAAUGGACAGGUAACUGCAGUGAAGUAUUCAGGCAUGGCAUGAGCAGUGUCUCCCAUACUUUUCAUACCAUGAACAUUGUGUAUACAUACAUGCUUAUCUAUGCAUGGAUCAGGAAAUGCUGAUGACUUCACCUGCAGCCUUGAAAGCUAGUUUCAUCAAAGCAGGUCUUACAUUUAGUUAUGUAAGAGUAGUACAUAUUACUGCCUCAUAUUAGUCUUUGAAGCAGUAAAAAGCAAUUACUAGAAAAUGGAAAUCAGAAUCUAAACCAACUCUAAAGUAGUGAAUAUUGCAAUAGAGAUGAAAUAACUGAAGGUGGAAUCUUUAGAAAAGGGAAGUGGCAAAUUAAAUAGAAAUAAAUGGAAUUUUAGGAGCAAUACUUGCAGAAUAGUAUAAAGGAGGAGGAGUGAAGUUUAAGGGAAGGCCAGCAUUGAGUAAUUUGUAUGAAGUUAGAUGUAGAGUGGGUGACAGAAAGCAUAUAUGUAAAUCAAAAAUGUUAAUAUGGUAUGAUUUAUUUUCUGAGACUGUAUGUGCAUCUAUGUCGAGUGAUGAUUUAAUAAAGGUAUUAAUAUAUGCAGCUGCAACAACAAGUGUUCCGAAGGGAUUGAGACUUCUGCUAGAGGUAAGGUUGUAGCUGAUGGUCAUGAAAAGUGGCAGUUCUGUGAAGUUAACCAAGAGACAACCACAUGAGUUUGCUUACUGCAAGAUAGGAAAGUAGCUGACAGUGCCACAGUCAGAUUAGCAGUUAAAGUAUCUGCUGUAGUUUGUUGCCCAUUUGGAUUUUUGUCUUCACAUUAAAUGUGUAUAUACAUAUACUUUAGUAUCUCUCUGUUUCUCUAUUUCUUCCCCUGCCACCCUGCUGCAUGUACACACACACACACACACACACACACACACACACACACAUACAUAUACACGGUUCAGAAUGAAAAUGCUGCCCAAUUUUAGUUUUCAGAAAGGAAAAUUCAAAACUGUCUUUUUCUUGACAGAAUAUAGUCCAGCAUUUCUUAAUGCUGCAGUACUGUCUACUGCUAAUCUUCACCUGUAUGCAGACAUUGCUUUGUUACAUUGUUUUGUCACAGUCAGAUUAGCGGUUCAAAUGUCUGCUGUACCUUGUUGCCUAGCUGGAUUUUUGCCUUUGCAUCAUAUAUCGUACGAAUAUACUUUAGUAUCUCUCUCUCUCUCUCGUUCCGUCUUCCCUGCCACCCUACUGCAUGCAGUCCUGUGCUUAAGCGCGCACACACACAUACACUGUCAGGGUUCAGAAUGAAAAUUCUGCUUAGUUUUAGUUAGCAGUUUUGAAUUUGCCUUUCCAGAAUAUAGUACCGCAUUUCUUAACUCUGCAAUAUUGUCUGCUACUGAUCUACAGCUAUAUGCAGCCAUUACUUUGUUAUUAUUUCUUUGCCAGUUUGAGGUCUAGAUUGGACAACUUUUUAUUCCCUGUUUGGCAGUAGCUGGUAGCUUGUUCCCUGUAAUUUUCAGUUGUUUACUUCCACAACAAAGUGUAAUAUUUUACUUUUCAUGAUAUUAUUAGUUUCCAUCUGUUUUGUGAUAUUGGGUAAGCUAUAGCCAGUAUUGUGUGAUGAUAUUGGAAGGGAUGUGUUAGUGUCUGUAACUACUUCUGAUUUUCUUCAUCACUGUAUCCUUGUGAAAUGUUAUUCCUUUAGCAAAUUUUGUUGCCAUCCAUAACUAGAUAUCCAUUCUUGAAUCUUUAUUUGCAGUAUUCAUUUAAUAAAAUAAGUAUAUAUUGUGGAA